AUGCGCCGGCGGUCUGACGCGCCUCCACCUGGCCCCCGGCGCCGGCGUGGGUUGGUUAGCUCCGUGGUGGAGCACACGCUGGAACGGCUGAGGGUGUUGCUCAGGCCUCAGCUGCUGGCCAAAUCCGUCACGGUAGGCUGGUUCCCGGCUCAUCACCAGACCGAUGGGUGUUUAAGCUCCACUAAGCCUGAGAGGAUCAUGGAGUGUGCAGUUGGUGGAGAUGUUGGCUUUGAUUCAGGUUUCGUUCAGUUUUCUGAGAAAUUGACAGGAAGAAGAAAAAGAGAGCACAGAACCUCAGCUGUUUCCUGUUAUGCUGAUGGGAAGAUGUCAUUUUCUAACAAGAAGCCACAGAGAGAGCUGAAGAGAUACAUGUGGGAGAUAAUGGAGGUGAUUCAGGAGAUGAGGUUGUGCUUGUCUCUCAGGAACAGCAGCAUCGUGACUGCGAGCAUGUUUGUCUGCAAACAUUUAAUGCCCUGCAAAUAUCACAAUGGUCCUCUGAGGCCAGACAUGGCUCUUGCCAUCAACAAAACCUUCUCUGAAGAAAGCCCUAAACCCUUCGGUCCCGCAUCGCCACACUCCACCAAGGAUGCCUUUGAUGCCAUCCAAAACUAUUUUCAUCUUUCCUCUGUGAGCCCGAGCCAUGUUUAUGAGUUAUCCAUACAUUCUCCACGGAUAGUUGCACUUGUGUGCCAGACAUGAACAUGUGUGUGCAACAAAAAAAAUAUUUCUCUGCUCCAACAUUGGCUUUGAAAGGAACACUCAAAUCUGUUUUUGCUAUGAUAUCUUCAAACCUCAGCAGGGUAAAACAUCAGAGAAAUGACUGGUACGAGGUUAAAAUCAAUUACAAAUUGCUGCUCUGUGUUUUUAAUACUCAGCAUUUCAUACAUAAUGUCUAACAGCUGAUUUCUAAAUGAUCACCGCAGUUACAGCCUCUCAGCAUCAAUUAAGCUCAUAGCAGCGUUCAUCAGAUUAUUCGAGGUUAUGCACCAGUGACAGCAGAUGCCAUCAUUCUGUGUUAAGUGUAUACUCUGUCUAAAAGCAAGCCACUGUGCAUGUGAACAAUGCCACCAGUUGCUGUGGGUCGUAUCUUGGUUUUCGGCCAGCAUACGGGGAGGGAGAGCGCACCCCACAAAAGA